AUGCAGUACCGUAAAGGCGACAGCGACCAGGACUUGUGCCACGAUAGCUCGGUCUGUGGCGAGAAGGGCUGGACGUGGCACGGUUCCACGGGGUGCUGCCACGAAAGCCCCGUGGGUGCCACGGACCUGCCCCCUUGCCAUGACCACGGCAGCCUCAGCCGCGACAUUGAAGGGUCCUGCCAGAGCAAGCCACAAGGCUGCCAGCCCAUGGAGCCGUGCCCACCCCGGAGCUGCUGCUCGCCACAGCAAAGCUGCAAUUUUGGCAAGCCCCGGCGGCGGGUGGAGGUGAGCCACGUGCAGCCCGUCUGCCCCCCACCCGUGAAAAUCCAUCGCCGGCCGCUGCAGCAGUACCGCCCACCCCUGCACUGCGAGGACCCAGGUUGCUGCGGCAAGCCCCGGAGGCGAGUGGAGCAGUGCCCCAUGGAGGAUGCCUGUCCCCCCGUGAUACUGCAUCCCCGGCCGCUGCAGCAUCGCUGCCCCUGCAUCCCGUGCUGCCGCCCACCCGUCCAGCACUGCUGCCCAACUGCUGUGCCCCUGCCGCUGCAUCCCGUCCAGCACCAGCAAAAGCACGUCCCUCUCUUGCCACCCUGUCUGCAGAAGAAAUGA